CCCGAUUCCUGAGAAAAUCGAACAAAAACCCUUCAAUCAAGCUGAUUGAUUUUCUAAUGGCGGAAGCUAUUCCAUCACCAAAGUCUCUCCAAUCUCCCAAUCCAAUGGAACCUUCCCCUCCCUCCUCCGCACCUCCACCCUCCUCAUCUCAACAACAACAACAACUCAUGUCACCUCCAAUCCCCAAUUCAGCAGCUUCUCCAGCGAUGACGUCACUACCACCACCAACAACAACAACAUCAACCGAAGCCCUAAUCCAAAACAACAAUCCUCAACAGAACUCAUCCGUUGGAGCUCAGAUCCCAUCUCCAUUAGAUCAGCAAAUUAUGCAACAAAUCUCGGUUCCGCAACUAUCACAACAGCAACAACAACAGAUUCUCCAACAACAACAUAUGAAUCCGCAGCAGCAGCAGCAGAUUCCAAUGUCGAAUUACCAUAUAGCUCAGUCUCUUCAGCGGUCUCCUUCCGUUUCUCGUCUUAACCAAAUUCAGCAGCAGCAGCAGCAGGGGGGGCAAUACGGUAACGUUUUGAGGCAGCAGGCAGGGAUGUACGGGACGAUGAAUUUUGGAGGUGGGGCGGGUUCUGUUCAGCAGCAGGGUCAGCAGAUGGGUAACGCUAAUUUGUCUAGGGCGGCUGCGGCUUUGGUUGGUCAAAGUGGUCACUUGCCUAUGCUUAAUGGUGGUGCUGGAGCAGCUGCUCAGAUGAAUAUUCAGUCCCAGUUGUUGGCUGCUUCGCCGAGGCAGAAACCUGGGAUGAUUCAAAGUGGGCAGUUUCAUCCAGGAAGUUCUGGACAGCAGUUACCAGGGAUGCAAGCAAUGGGAGUGAUGAAUUCACUUAAUUUGAGCUCGCAAAUGAGAGCUAAUCCUGCUCUCUAUGCUCAGCAGCAGCGAAUCAACCCUGCGCAGAUGCGACAGCAGUUGUCUCAGCAAAACGCUCUUACUUCGCCUCAGGUCCAGAGCCUGCAGAGGACACCUUCCUCUCUCGCAUUCAUGAAUUCUCAGCUACCGGGUUUGGCCCAAAAUGGACAAGCUGGCAUGAUACAAAACUCCUUGGCGCAGCAGCAAUGGCUGAAGCAGAUGUCGGGAAUAACCAGUCCUAAUUCACAAUCAUACCGGCUCCAACCGAGUCAAAGACAGCAGGCUCUACUCUUACAGCAGCAAAUGCCCACUGCUCAGUUACAUCAAAAUCCCAUGUCUUUGAAUCAGCAGCAAAUAUCACAGAUGAUACAUCAACAGCAGCAGCAGCAACAAUCACAAAUGGGUCAGGCUCAAAUGAGUCAAUCCCAUCAACAGCAACAACUCCAGCAGAUGCAGCAACCUCAACAGCAGAUGCAGCAGCAGCAAAUGUCAGUAAAUCAACAACAACCAUCUCCAAGGAUGACGAAUCAUGCAGGACAGAAAUCUGUUAGCUUAACAGGUUCACAACCAGAUGCGACACAGUCAGGUACAACAACACCAGGUGGUAGUUCCAGCCAAGGAACAGAAGCAACAAAUCAACUUCUUGGCAAAAGAAAGAUACAGGAUCUGGUUUCGCAGGUGGAUGCGCAUGCUAAAUUGGAUCCUGAUGUUGAAGACCUCCUUUUGGAGGUAGCGGAUGACUUCAUUGAUUCGGUGACUUCAUUUGCAUGUAGCUUGGCUAAGCAUCGUAAAUCAUCCAUAUUGGAACCAAAGGAUAUAUUACUCCACUUAGAGAAAAACUUGCACUUGACAGUUCCUGGAUUCUCAAGUGAGGAUAAACACCAAACAAAAAACGUACCAACUGAUCUCCACAAGAAGCGACUUGCAAUGGUGCGUGCGUUGAUGGAAUCCUCAAAACCUGAUACGAAUGCAAGCAAUUCUAAGGAAACUAUUAGACAAGUGAUGAUUAACCCAAAUGGUCAAAACCAUCUGGUAAGACCAUCACCGAGUUCAGAACAAUUGGUUUCGCAGACAUCUGGUCCUCACAUGUUACAACAUAUGACACGCUACUGAAGGACUUCAAUACAAAAUCCGAAGCUACGUUCAUCUUCUUGGUUUCAGGAGUUUACACAUCUAUCUAUAGCAGACAUUAAAGAGAGUGAAGUCACAAGGAGUCAAGUUAAACUGUAUGUAUUAUAUAUAUGAGUCUUCUAGUCAAACAAAUAAAACAGUUUAUUUCUUCCUAUAGUUUGAUCUAUUUGAUAGUCACUUACAUUGUAAUUGGUAAGGAUUUGCAUUCAAGUUUUUGGGAUUUAUCCUUAGUGGUAUCAUAACAUUUUGGGAAGAGAGCAAUUACCACAUGAUAUAUCUAUCAUUCACAUUUCAAC